AUGGCUACAGCGGAUCCACCGAGCGAAAGUCGUAAAAACGUCAACAACGAAAUACCAGCGACAAACAACACCCAGCAAGAUAACAUGCUACAGGAUAAAAAUCGGUGGUCAAACAGAGUAACAACACCAGUGGAGAACUUACCGUUCAGUCUCGUACUGCGCAAAAACAAGCGUUCACGGUCAGACAACAGCAGCACCAAUCGCAUUGAAACCAAUAGUAACAACGCCAACCGUCAAAACAUCAUAAAUUAUUCAGAGGUUGCAAAAAAAGUUUCAAAUAAAAUUGUUGGAAACAAAGUUAGCAAUAAUUGCAAAUUGAAAGCUGAGAAACAGCCGAUAAAAAAGUCAUUUUUCAUGAUAAGCAACAUUCUGCAAUGCCACCGUGAUGAUGUUGUUGAAUACUUGUCAACAAAUGGAAUCAAAGUAAUUUCGUAUUUUUCUGUUUUUAAAAAGUCAAAUAAUUCGAUUGAGGGUACCAAAAACAACAAUGAUGAUGAGCAGUCCACAAUUUUCAGAGUGUGUGUCGAAAGUUGUGACGCCUGCAAGAUGAAAGAUCCUGACGUCAUUUUGAAGCACAUCAUCGUUCGUGAGUGGCGCUUCAACCAGAAAAAACCCGAAGAAAGUAAUAAUGUUAAACAUGAUUAG